AUGUCGAACCCCCGCGUUGAAGAACUUCCCGACGAGGAGCCCAAGAAGACCACCGUUCAGGAGCACGAGGAUGACUCCAGCGACGACUCCGAGGUCGAGGAGGUCGGCGAGGGCCAGCUCCCCGCUGGUUCUACUGUGAUCCACAACCGCAACGAGAAGAAGGCUCGCAAGGCCCUCGAGAAGCUGCACCUCACCCGCAUCCCUGGCAUCACCCGUGUCACUCUCCGCCGACCUAAGAACAUUCUCUUCGUCAUCAACAACCCCGAGGUCUACAAGUCUCCCAACAGCAACACCUACAUUGUUUUCGGUGAGGCCAAGAUUGAGGAUGUGAACGCCGCUGCUCAACAAGCUGCUGCUGCUCAGCUCGCCUCCGCCAACGCUGAGGACCACUCUGGCCACAACCACGGUGAGCCCAGCAAGGCUGCCGAGACCUCUGAGGAGAAGAAGGACAAGGAGGAGGAGGAGGAUGACGAUGAUGAUGAUGAUGACGAGGAGGUCGACGCUUCCGGACUCGAGGAUAAGGAUAUUGAGCUUGUCAUGACCCAGGCCAACGUCAGCCGCAACAAGGCCGUCAAGGCGUUGAAGGAGAACGACAACGAUAUCGUCAAUUCCAUCAUGGCUCUAAUCAAUCAAGAUUAUCCUCUCCGCUCUCUCGACAUCGUAACCUUCCUCAAAAUGGCGACUCGAAGCGCAGCUCUCAAGCUUGACUGGACCAAGGUCACCAGCUCCCUCGGCCUCCGUGGCCAGACCGUUGCCUCCCUGCAGGCUUUCAAGAAGCGCAACGAGGACGUCCGCCGCAAGGUUCAACAGCUCCAGGAGCAGCCCACCACCGUCGAUUUCUCCCAGUACCGAUCCGUCCUCAAGAACCAGGCUAUCAUCGAUGAGAUCGAGAAGCGUUUCAGCGCCUUCAAGCCUGUCACCUAUGAUGUUAGCCGACAACUGAAGGCCAUCGACGCUUUCGAGGCCGAGGCCGUCAAGAACGCCGAAGCUACCAAGGAGGCCGUUGACCUCGAGCUUAAGGAUCUUGCCGCUACCCUCAAGAACAUCGAGGAGGCCCGACCAUUCGAGGAACUCACUGUCGACGAGGUUGCCGCUGCCGAGAAGUCUAUCGACGAGAAGACUGCUCAGCUCGUUUCCAAGGGCCGAUGGAUGGUGCCAGGAUACAAGGAGAAGUUCGGUGACUUGGCUGUGGUUUAA